UAAUCUGCGGCAAAAGUACUUUGAGAAUUGUAACAUACUGUACUUGUGUGAGGUUAAAGAAGAUUCCUGAAAGAGGGCCGUUGGACGACAAAACAGGAAUGAGUUUUUAAGCAACAAAUAAGAAUAUUUGUUGGUCCAGAAUGAGUGGGGUGAAACCUGCAGGAGAUGGCAGGGUCCCGGGAUUUCCUUUCCUUGCUUCCUUGAAGCUGCCAGGCCUCUGCUGUUUUCCUGCUCUAGGAUCUGCCCUCUUGGGAUCCCAUGGCUUUCUUUCCUGGGCUGAGGGGCCCUUUCACCCACAUCAGCAGAGCCCUCAGCCAGCGCUGUUUCAGCACCACCGGGAUCCUGGGUGCAAUUCAGAAGAUGACGCGGGUGCGUGUGGUGGACAACAGUGCCCUGGGGAACACCCCGUACCAUCGCCCUCCUCGCUGCAUCCACGUCUACACCAAGAAUGGGGUGGGCAAGGUGGGCGACCGGAUACUGCUGGCCAUCAAGGGACAGAAGAAGAAGGCGCUCAUUGUGGGGCACCGCAUGCCUGGUCCUCGGAUGACCCCCAGGUUCGACUCCAAUAACGUGGUCCUCAUUGAGGACAACGGGAACCCGGUGGGGACCCGCAUUAAGACACCCAUUCCCACCAGCCUGCGCCGGAGGGAAGGCGAGUUUUCCAAGGUGCUGGCCAUUGCUCAGAACUUUGUGUGAGCAAGCCCAGCCGCCGCGGCGGUGGGGUUCCUGAAGGAGCAGUUCCGAUAACCGCGCCCUUGCUGGCGGGGGGUUUGAGGCCCCGUGCCUGGGGAACAGUGUCCUGUGAGGAAUAAACAUUGUCACAUGUGUCUCCU